AUGUCUUCACCAAACCAACAUUUCAAUGAUGCCAAUGGUUACGAGAUCCCUUUGUCUCAUAAUAAUGAUUACUCUAAUUGGAGUGAAGAUUUGGUGACCUCAGAAAUAAUUCCUCCUUCCUCUUCUGCAAUUUCGUCUCCCAUCAUAACAAAUAAUGACGAUUUUGCUCCUUUAACUUCAAAAAUUAAAUUACUUUCUUCAACUUCCACUGCUUUAAAACCAAUUCAACCAACAUUUACUAAAAAUAUUAUUCCAGAUUCAAAAAUCACAUCAAACUGUUUGAGUAAUUUAACUUCCACUAGUCAAUUUUCAUUUUCAUCAUCAUCAGUAGUUGAAGAAACUAAAGAAAACUACUGGUGGUCAAAAGAGAAAGCACAAAUAUCAAGAGAUAAAAAAAGAAAACAAAUGACUGAUUUAGAGGCACAGAACACAGUUCUUAAAGAAGAAAAUAUACAUUUAUCAAAAAGAUUAAAGACUGUAGAAGAAGAAAAAUCAGUUUUAUUAGCUAAAUUAGAUACAAUUUUAGAGCAAUUUGCAGAAAUUUGA